AUGCCGCCUAAAACCAGCGGUAAGGCAGCCAAGAAGUCCGGCAAAGCUCAAAAGAACAUCUCCAAAUCCGACAAGAAGAAGAAGAAGCACAAGAGGAAGGAGAGCUACGCUAUCUACAUCUACAAGGUUCUGAAGCAAGUGCAUCCCGACACCGGUAUAUCAAGUAAGGCCAUGUCGAUCAUGAACUCUUUCGUGAACGAUAUAUUCGAACGUAUAGCCGCCGAAGCGUCACGUCUCGCACACUACAACAAGAGAUCCACCAUAACGUCCAGGGAGGUCCAGACCUCCGUGAGAUUGUUGCUGCCCGGCGAGUUGGCCAAACACGCCGUCAGUGAAGGAACGAAGGCCGUCACGAAGUACACCAGUUCCAAGUGA